AUGUCUGAUGGUCCUGAUCUACUUGAUUUACUUCUUUCAGCUGUUGAUAACGAAGGAGAAUCAUUUACCAAUCAAGAAAUAAAAGAACAUGCUCUUACAUUUGUACUUGCUGGUAGUGAAACAACAGGAAAUUUAAUGGUAUGGAUAUUUUAUAUUUUAAUGACACAUGAACAUGUUUUAAAAGAAUGUCAACAAGAAAUUGAUCAAGUUAUUCCAAAUAAUAAUAUUGAUGAAUUAACUAAUGAACAUUUAUCUAAAUUAGUUAUAUGUGAAGCAAUAAUUAAUGAAACAUUACGUCUUUAUCCAUCUGCACCACUUUUUAUACGUCGUUGUAUACAUGAACAUACGAUUGGGACAGAAGAAAAUCAAUUAAAUAUACCUGUUGGUACAGAUAUUUUUAUAAAUAGUUAUAUACUUCAUCGUCGGAGUGAUUUAUGGCCUCGGCCACUUGAAUUUGAUUAUACUCGUUGGUUACGUGACCCGAAAAAUGAUCUUAAACCAAAAUUAGUUCAUCCAUUUGCUUAUCUUCCUUUUGCUGCUGGUUCACGAAAUUGUAUUGGACAAAAUUUUGCAUUAUUAGAAGCGAAAAUCAUGUUAGCUAUGAUUGUACAACAAUGUGAUUUUAAAUUAAUACCUGGACAAAAAAUAAUUCCAGAAGUUAAAAUCACAUUAAGAACUAAAUAUGGUUUAUUAGCAAAUAUUACUAAACGUCAAAUAUAA